CUCAUCUGUUUCCGGAAGACGUUCCCUAAUGUUGUCAGCUUUACGGUGGUGACGGACGGACGGGAAGCUGCAAACAAACUGGGAUGAUGCGAGCAUUUUGUAGCAUCCUUCGGUCAAAUUGAUAGCAGAAUAAAUGCGUUUGUAAUUUCCAUAGUCAUAAUAUCGGCGUUAGACAGACAGUUGAAGACAGGCUCGGUGUGAAUAUGAUGGAAGAAAUUGAUAGAUUUCAAGUACCAGCAGUGAACGAUAACCCGGAGAUGCAACCGCUGGACCCCGCUGCGACUGCCACCUGUGAGGCGGACGCAGACACGAGAGAGCCCGAGGGUGUGGCCAUGAACUACAAGCCCUCGCCACUACAGGUCAAGAUUGAGAAACAGAGAGAGAUGGCCAGGAAGGGUUCGGUCAAGAAUGGAACCGUGGGCAGUCCCGUCAAUCAGCAGCCCAAGAAGAACAAUGUGAUGGCCAGGACACGGCUUGUGGUGCCCAACAAGGGUUACUCAUCCCUAGAUCAGAGUCCGGACGAGAAGCCUCUGGUAGCGCUGGACACAGACAGCGAUGAUGACUUUGACAUGUCCAGAUACUCCUCGUCAGGAUAUUCCUCAGCCGAGGUGAGAUGUCUGAGGGAGCAGCAAAUAAACCAGGACCUGAAUAUCCAGCUCCUGAAGGAUGGCUACCGGCUGGACGAGAUCCCAGAUGACGAGGACCUGGACCUCAUCCCCCCGAAAUCAGUCAACCCCACCUGCAUGUGCUGCCAGGCCGCCACCUCCUCCACAGCCUGCCAGAUCCAGUAGCACCCUCUUCCUCCUCGUCCUCCUCCUCCUCUUCCUCCUCCUCAACCUUUUCUCAUCUCUCCCUUCCUCUUAUCUUUAUCCCUCUACCCAUAACCCCCUCGUCUCGGUCUUGAGACGAAUAAGAGUUACGAGUUCUCUAAAUGGAAUGAUGACUAAUUGAAUUGAAAUGGCAAUGCGUUAAAAUGUUAUAUUACUGUAAUUAAUAUAAAACGAGGGAGAAAAUAGGGGGGGGGGGG